AUGUCCAUGCAGCCCCAACCGUACUCUCAUCACUUCGCGCCUGCCCAUACGGGAGCUCAUCAGCCCAUGUAUGGGCCACCUCCACAAGGACAUCAACCUCCCCCUUGCUAUUCAGGUCCUGUGAUGGGAAGAACAGGUGGUAUGAACUUCACUCUGAACCAGCGCGUCGAGGUGCGGAUUGCUGCCAACGGGUGGGUCAUUGGGACGGUGCUAGGUGCUCUCAAAUUUUUGAAAUCGAUCUCUGGCAUGUGGUAUCAUGUCGCCUACGAGACGGACGGCGGAAGGUUCACAAGAGAUUUCCCGGAACAUGAUAUUCGCGAGGUUCAUUGA